AUGGAAGACUUCCAGGCUGCGGAAGAGACCGCUUUUGUUGUUGACGAGGUGAGCAACGUUGUGAAAGAGGCUAUGGACCGUGCCAUCGGCGGUGGCACCUAUCAGCACAGCAAAGUGAAUCAGUGGACCACAAACGUAGCAGAGGAGACUUCAAGCCAACUCUCCAAGCUGGGAGAACCAUGUAAAUACACCGGGAGCUGCCCCGUGCGAUGGGAGGAUGAGGCCUCGGACAGCAUCGCCCGCGCCUUUGGACCGUCCGUCUGA